CUCCCGACAUCGUCCAAGAAGAUAGUCCGGUCGUUAUAACAACUGAUGAGGAUGAAAAAAACAUGAAAUUUUUCGCAUCAUUUCUGACGGGCCGGUCCCCGCUGUGCGUCCGGCGUGACGACAUGUCCGGGGUGCCGGUAGCACCGGGCGUGGCCACAGCGCGCUUCACCUUCCGCCGUCGUCACCUCUACUGGUCGGUCCUCCUCAGCCCUUCCAUACAAAACCAACCUCGAGCGCUCGCCUUCCUCGAUCGCGAAGGACGAGUACUCCUAGAACAGUCCCUCAAGAAAAUCCCGGGGAUACACGCCACUUACGAAGAAAAAACUGAUAAGCUUUGCGGGGUCUGGCGUCGAGUGCCGCGCCAGUACAAGACUUUAUUAAGAGACGGCGACCUGCAUGUGGCUCUGCUGUGGGGCGACGCUCGUAACAACACCAUUGAUAGCGCUCUGAGUGGCAGAAUCGACAGGUAUCCAGCGCUAUCUUCGGAGAUGUUCACUACGCUUUUGGAGCCGGAGCAUCCUCCCACGUCUAUCGGGCAGGGAGCUUGUCGUGACUAUCCUGCAUUGGAGUACGAGGAUGGUUGGUGGGGAGGCACUGCCGUCAUCACGGCGGUCGCUGGCGCCACUCCCAGCCUCUACUUGGCUCUGGUCUUCAACGGUGUCUUCCCUAAAACUGCAGUUACUUCUCAUCUGGUCAGAGUGAUACUCACUUUACCAGAAAAGAAUCAGACUAUCAUUGAUCAGGUGCAGAGGGUAAGCAAACCCCAUUACGAUUUUAACGUUUUGGAGGUGUCGACUCCAGUGUCGGCUGCGGAACUGCGGUCUUUGGCUAGAGGCCGACUUUUGCUGACUGUGGAGGCUGUUGGAACUCCAGAGAGGAGAAUUGUUGGGAGUGUGAGGCAGAAAGCCGCCUGUGAGGUGUAUAAUGCACCUCUUGUGUCUGAGAGGCUUCCAGCCACUCCCGCGCCAGAGGGUCUUGCGUUGCUCUACAUCGAUAAGGAGGGGUCUCUCGUCUAUGAUAUACAGGUGGAUAAUUUAGGGAUAACAGAUCCUAAGAUCACUUUGGUGGAAGAGCAAGGCAAGAGGCAUUCUCAAGUGGAAAUACUGGAUACAAGGAUUGGUGUGCUGGCGAGACCAAGUGCGAGGAUCUUCCAGCCUUUGUAUGAAGACCAACUUGCCGUGCAUAUAAGCGCUGAAACUGGGCCUCCUAUUCUUCGUGGUCGCCUGACAUCUCGUAUGCUCCCUGACGCGGCUGGGUCAGGCCCUGCUCUGCUGCGGAGAACAGGACAAGUUCGUCUACCAGCUGCCAUGGCUGGGCUUGCUUGGCUCUCCGUGGAUUCGUUGUGUGGAUUAUAUUAUGAGACGGUAGUAACGGGCGGUAACGCUCGGUCCUGGUCAUCCUGGUGGUUGGAAGCCAAUGCAGGUGGUGACACUGGGGCAAGAGAACUAGGCGGUGAAGAAGGCUGGGUUCUAGAGCCUACUGCAGCAGAACUGGUCGCGCUACAUGUUGGUGCGGCGUUCUUGGAGCUUCGGGCUCAUGAUAAUGUCACCGUCAUUCUACGCACGCGAGUACCACAGAUAAGCGUGCCAACAUCUUGCUUGCCCGCGGUGCCGGGGACUUCGGACAACGAGCUGAAUGCCAAGUACACGCCAGGACCAAUGGAAGACCAAAUCACGGACCUGUUCCGCCUCAAUGUCAACUAUUGUACGCAGAGGGAUAAGUUCUACAAACUGGGAGAAACUUGGACAGAUACUGAGACAUGUUCAAAAUGUUGGUGCGUCUUGGGCAUGCCGCGGUGUGAGCCGGUGCAGUGCCCACCUGUGAAUUGCCUCGUCCCGACCAUCAAGCCGCCAGGACAAUGCUGCCCUAUUUGCACAAACUCCACGACUGCGGUAUGGUCGGAGAACGGCAGCUGCCAACUAGCUGGACAGAGCUACGCGCCAGGAUCAUCAUGGCAUCCUUACCUGGUGCCCGGCGGGUACGACACCUGCGCCAUCUGUACCUGCAACUUUGCCACCAGGCAGAUACAGUGCCCUAGGGUGAAGUGCCCGCCUCUACGCUGUAGCGAGAAGGAAGCCUACAGACCUGAUAAGAAGGCCUGCUGUCGUCUGUGUCCCGAGGUAAAGGCGAAGAAACCGGAUGAAGAAACUCCGAAAGACCAGGGGGCGCCACGUACAGCAGAUGAGAUUUUGGCAGAAGGAGGGUGCAAAUUCCCCGAUGGGCCACUACCCAACGGCAAGGAGGUGCACCCCUCCAUACACUCACACGGGGAGCAGAGAUGCGUCACGUGUCGGUGCAAGGAUGGAGAAGUGACGUGCGUGCGCAAGCGGUGCGGGCGCGCGGCGUGCGCGCGGCGGCGGCGCGUGGACGCGUGCUGCGCGUGCCCGCGGCACCGGCGGCAGCGCGCGCCGCGCCCCGAGCGCCCCGCGCCGCCGCCGCCCAGCUGAGCGCCCGGCCGCGCUGCCCGGACACAGUAUUACUGCGCCCGACCACCCCGUCUAUACCCCAGACUGCUCGUAGGCUAAGUGAGUGACUAUAGACUGACAUAUUUUUAUGUACUCGUGCGAUUCGAAUGUGUCUCUAGUUUUAGUUUGCGUCAUCGGUGACGCGUCGUCGUCGAACCGAACGAUCGCGGUACGAUUGAAACGCUGACUAAAGUUUCUGCCAACGGAAUACCACUUUGUUUGCACGAGUAUGCAUAGUACAGAUUUUAAUUUGCUCUAGUUGAUAACAGACAGUUUUCGAGUAAUAAAAAUGAUUUGUACAAUAUAAAGUAUGAGGCUCGGCCAAUUAGAGGUUAAUAGUCGUGAUCGGAGUGAUUGUGGAGUGGUGGUGUUGGCGCCGGGCGUUCGGUUCGGCGGCGCGCGAGGUAUCGGUGCUCGGUACUCGGCGGCAGAGGGUCGGCCGCGCGGAGGCUCGGACUCGAUCGGCGACAGGCGGUAGCUUUACUGUGUAUUAUUAUAACGGCGUUGAAUAUUUACUUACCCACCGGUAUUUUAAUUGGUAUUAUGGUAACCCAAAAUUUAGGCGCAUUACAUCAUCCGAUACUGAUUCGUAUUAUUUUAGUGGUAGGGCUCGAUGCUCGGUCGUUGGACAAGGAUUGCGAGCGCGGUCGAUAACAGAUGUGCCAUAUUUUCUUAAAUGUAAAUAUAAAUUAUAAUACUAAUUAUGUGCAUAUUUAUUUACGUUUCUAUUGUAUAUGAUACGGGAUAACCGCACGUUUAGGUAGUCAAGUAUGAACCAUCACAAAUGCUAUUUAAUUGGUCGCCUUGUUUGUGCAUUUGCUUUUAGUUUUGUAUAUCUAUAUUUAAUACCACACAACGUGUCUGUCGUGACCGGUAACUUCUAUUACCUGCGUUAUAUUAUCUAGUUGUAGUACUGUUGACGAGGAGGUAUUUAAAGUUAAUUUAUAGACAUGUGAUUAUGGAAUUAAUGUUGCUUCAAGAUGGAAUGUAAUCCCAGUUUAUUACACGUAUCCGACAGCUUUUAGGGACUCUUAGCACUGGUUAUAAGUUAUAUACACUUGCGGAUACUUUUCAAUACAUACCUAUAUCAUAUUAAUUCUAUGUUUGUCUAAAGGUAUUUUGUAAAUAUUUAUUUCAUUUUAUAGUCUACAUAACGUAUUGUACCGAUAUAAAUCGAUAUAAAUAAGAUAGUUUACGCAAAUUACGUGACUAGUUUUGUUUAAUUACUAAGUUGACGGUUUAGUUACGUAAUUAAGGAAGCUAGUCCAAAUGUUUCGAUGUGAUGGAUGUGAAUGCCAUGUAGCUAGCGAUACGUCUGUUUUCAAUACUGAUUAUAAUAGGAAUUUAUUACUAUUAAGUUGCAACCGUGGUAACGUAGUCACUAGGUGUCAAACAAUAGAGUCGUAGUGUUCACGUUAGGGACAGAGACGCCUUUAUAUGUUAUGCGCGGGCGCUUGGGGCGGCUUCAUAAAUUGAAAUUGGAAUUAAAAAAACGUUAAAGUUUCACACCUAGUGAUAACGAAACCAAAAGGUAAUAUAAUUAAAGUGCAAACCGCACAUUUUUUAGUAAUUCGACUUUUUUCGCGAGAGACCAUUUACCAAAAAGUUGUAAAUUAAAGAUUGUUUUUCACAUUUCGUUGUGGGUUCUAGUCCAGUCAAAAUUAUGUGGAGUUGUUGUAUAAUAAUGUUACAUUGGCUAUUAUUUUAAUAUAAUUUGACAUAACGAGAAUAUCACUCGAUUAAGCAAGAGUUAUCUUGGUUCUAAUAUAUUUUUUGUAUAAUCUAACAAUAGAGGAGUAACCGAUGGCUUGCGAAUAACAAAACUAAUAGCCAUACAAGAUACUACGAACUCGCUUUUAUUGCAUUGUUUUUUCUAUUAAAUAAACUGCAUUAAAUACCGGUAUAAUGGUAUGUAACCGGAUGAUAUUCAUAUUAUUUUUAUUUAAAACUGUAUUAAUUAAUAUUUGAAAUUCAAAAUGUUUUUUUUAAACAAAAUGUUACAUAUUUGUGGUAUAAUAUCACACAAUUUGGGUUGUCGAGGUGCAUCCAGUCAAUAGUUUGUAACCAUCAUACAUUGAUAUGAAAUAAAUGACCUGUGAACA